AUGACUAAAACUCUGCAGGACGUGGCCUAUCAGUUGGGACUCAGGAUUGACGGUGAUCCUGUGAGUGGAUGCAUAGAGAACAGACAGUCACAGACGAAGUGGACUGUGAAGCUCACUUGGUUCUGCAACAUGGUUUGUGGAGAGCUGGAGCAGGAUGCCUCAGAGGAGCGCCUGAUGAGGUACACGAAAGGAUACAUCAUGCAAUUGAUAGGGGGUAUCCUCUUCCCAGAUGCAUCUGACUCUCGGGUGCAUAUCAGGUGGCUUCCCUUAGUGGAGGAUCUUGAGGCGUGUGGCCGGUUGUCGUGGGGUUCGGCUGUGCUGGCAUAG